CGGCGCGGUGUGGGGGCGGGGCCUCCUUGGCUGCUUUCGGCGUCGGCCUAGGUGCGCGGCGAGCGCGCGCGGACUGCGCACAGGCGGCGGAGCCGGUAUGGGCCCGCCUGGCCUUGGGCGCCCCGCCGCACAAGCACCAACCUAGAGCCAGGUGCCCGCCCGGGACCUUGAUGCUGGAUUGGGGGCUGCGGGAGCAGCACAGGUACUGAUUUUGCGGCCACAAGGGCCAAAUCCGCGCCUGCACGUAGGAGGUGCGCAGUGGACACGUGCGAGGUGGACGAGGACUGAAGCUUCAAGAUGGCUGACCAGGACCCUGCGGGCAUCAGCCCUCUCCAGCAAAUGGUAGCCUCAGGCGCCGGGGCUGUGGUCACCUCCCUCUUCAUGACACCCCUGGACGUGGUGAAGGUUCGCUUGCAGUCUCAGCGGCCCUCCAUGGCCAGCGAGCUAAUGCCUUCCUCCAGACUGUGGAGCCUCUCCUAUACCAAAUUGCCCUCCUCUCUCCAAUCCACAGGGAAGUGCCUCCUGUACUGCAAUGGUGUCCUGGAGCCUCUGUACCUGUGCCCAAAUGGUGCCCGCUGUGCCACCUGGUUUCAAGACCCUACCCGCUUCACUGGCACCAUGGAUGCCUUCGUGAAGAUCGUGAGGCACGAGGGCACCAGGACCCUCUGGAGCGGCCUUCCCGCCACCCUAGUGAUGACUGUGCCAGCUACCGCCAUCUACUUCACUGCCUACGACCAACUGAAGGCCUUCCUGUGUGGUCGAGCCCUGACCUCUGACCUCUACGCACCCAUGGUGGCUGGCGCGCUGGCCCGCCUGGGCACCGUGACUGUGAUUAGCCCCCUGGAGCUUAUGCGGACAAAGCUGCAGGCUCAGCAUGUAUCAUACCGGGAGCUGGGUGCCUGUGUUCGAACUGCGGUGGCUCAGGGUGGCUGGCGCUCACUGUGGCUGGGCUGGGGCCCCACUGCCCUUCGAGAUGUGCCCUUCUCAGCCCUGUACUGGUUCAACUAUGAGCUGGUGAAGAGCUGGCUCAGUGGGCUCAGGCCGAAGGACCAGACUUCUGUGGGCAUGAGCUUUGUGGCUGGUGGCAUCUCAGGGACGGUGGCUGCAGUGCUGACUCUACCCUUUGACGUGGUAAAGACCCAACGCCAGAUCGCUCUGGGAGCGAUGGAGGCUGUGAGAGUGAACCCCCUGCAUGUGGACUCCACCUGGCUGCUGCUGCGGAGGAUCCAGGCCGAGUCAGGCACUAAGGGACUCUUUGCAGGCUUCCUUCCUCGGAUCAUCAAGGCUGCCCCCUCCUGUGCCAUCAUGAUCAGCACCUAUGAGUUCGGCAAAAGCUUCUUCCAGAGGCUGAACCAGGACCGGCUUCUGGGCGGCUGAAAGGGGCAAGGAGGCAAGGACCCCGUCUCUCCCACGGAUGGGGAGAGGGCAGGAGGAGACCCAGCCAAGUGCCUUUUCCUCAGCACUGAGGGAGGGGCUUGUUUCCCUUCCCUCCCGUUGACAAGCUCCAGGGCAGGGCUGUCCCUCUGGGCGGCCCAGCCGUUCCUCAGACACAACUUCUUCAUGCUGCUCCAGUCGUGGGGAUCAUCACUUACCCACCCCCCAAGUUCAAGACCAAAUCUUCCAGCUGCCCCCUUUGUGUUUCCCUGUGUUUGCUGUAGCUGGGCCUGUCUCCAGGAACCCAGAGGCCCUCAGUCUGGCGUAGUCUCCCUGACCCUUGUUAAUUCGUUAAGUCUAAAGAUGAUGAACUUC